CCGCCGCCAUGCGGUUCCGGUUCGGGGUGGUGGUGCCGCCCGCGGUGGCCGGGGCCCGGCCCGAGCUGCUAGUCGUGGGGUCACGGCCGGAGCUGGGGCGCUGGGAGCCGCCGGGGGGCGUGCGCCUUAGGCCGGCGGGCACGGGCGCGGGCGCGGGGGCGCUGGCGCUGCAGGAGCCGGGCCUGUGGCUCGGGGAGGUGGAGCUGGCGCCCGAAGAGGCGGCGCAGGACGGGGCGGAGCUGGGCCGCGUGGACACGUUCUGGUACAAGUUCCUGAAGAGGGAGCCGGGAGGAGAGCUCUCCUGGGAAGGCAAUGGGCCUCACCACGACCGUUGUUGUACUUACAAUGAAAACAACUUGGUGGAUGGUGUUUAUUGUCUCCCAAUAGGACACUGGAUCGAGGCCACGGGGCACACCAAUGAGAUGAAGCACACAACAGACUUCUAUUUUAAUAUUGCAGGCCACCAAGCCAUGCAUUAUUCAAGAAUUCUACCAAAUAUCUGGCUGGGUAGCUGUCCUCGCCAAGUGGAACACGUAACCAUCAAACUGAAGCACGAAUUGGGGAUUACAGCUGUAAUGAAUUUCCAGACUGAAUGGGAUAUUGUACAGAACUCCUCAGGCUGUAACCGCUACCCGGAACCCAUGACUUCAGAUACUAUGAUUAAGCUGUACAAGGAGGAAGGCUUGGUCUACAUCUGGAUGCCGACGCCAGAUAUGAGCACCGAAGGCCGAGUACAGAUGCUGCCCCAGGCGGUGUGUCUCCUGCACGCGCUGCUCGAGAAUGGACACACCGUGUACGUUCACUGCAACGCCGGGGUGGGCCGGUCCACGGCGGCCGUGUGCGGCUGGCUCCGGUACGUGAUGGGCUGGAAUCUGAGGAAGGUGCAGUACUUCCUCGUGGCCAAAAGGCCAGCUGUGUACAUUGAUGAAGACGCCUUGGCCCGGGCAGAAGAAGAUUUUUUUCAGAAAUUUGGGAAGGUUCGUUCUUCCAUAUGCAGUGUGUAAGCGGCCGGUCUGUCUCCACGCCCCUCCCGGUUUCCUUAGAAAGCUGGGGUGAUGGUAAUGCAAUGACCUAGAAACCAAGAUCCUACCUGAAAAGACUGGUUGCUGGCUUCUCCCCCAACCCACCUUCUUUAGUCUGGGGCUGACUUUCUGUUAUGCUUUGGUUGAGCUGCAUCAUCUGUGAAAUAUUUUCCACAAAGGAAGCUGUGACUGACGCAUGAGAAAAAGCCACAAGUAGUUGGGCUGUGCAGUGUUGUUCUAGCAUCAGACAGAGAGGUAAUGCAUGCAGCUCCUGCUUCCUGCAAGCAGACUAGCUCUUCGCUUUACAGACACUGCAUUUGUUGUGCUAUGAAUUCACGACUGCACUUUCUUGCUGCCUUGUAAUGUGACAUCCAGAAGAAAAGAUAGGGAGUUGUGUAGAUUCCAUCACUUGUGUGCGUGUGUACACACACACACACACACACACACACAUUUUCUGCUGAAAUUAUAAAAUGAGAGCUAGUCAGUUGCCAAAAAAGGAAAUAUGGACUAAACAUGACCCAAACCAAUGGCUUUCUAGACCUUUUUUUUGCAUCCUGCUUCACAGUUGUUCAAGUCUGUUCCAAGGCACCCUCUUUAUCUAUCUACCCACAACCCUGUGACACCCCGUCAGUUGUAAUAAUCUCUUUGAUUUAGCUGAGGUUCAGUGAGCGUAGGUAGCCUGCCCAAGGUCUCAGUUAGUCGGAAACCAGCUGGAGUUUGACUCAGUGCUUUUUCAACACUACUUGUUUUGUCAGCAAACUGUAGUGCAUUCAGUUUCUCUCUCUCAGAGUAAGGCUGAUGUUUCUGCUGCAGUUUCUAUAGUGGGAAAUGCAACAUUGUUCUGGACAGUUGCCAAAGAAUUUAGGAAAGUAGUUAUAUUUUGUACAACCUAUUUUAAAAUGUGGUGGGCUGUCUCCAGGCCAAAGUGGUCUGUGCCAUAGCUCAGAAGAGGAGCUAUAUUACCAGAAGAGCCCCAAACCAUAGAUAAUUGUUCCAUAGCUUGGGAAUGAUCCUGGUUCCACGCUCAGUUGAAUACAAUCCACAGUUACUGUGCCUCCAGAAUGUGCAACUCCCUACCUUCCCCUAGAUUCUACAGGAAACACUAAGAUGAACAAGACCUUCCCUUCAAGAAUCUCAUAGCCUAGAAACAGCCCUGUGUUCAAUCAAGUAUGAUGCAGGAUAGAACUGUGAAGACAUGCUAGAAUAGGGGGAGGUGUGGUAACUUUUGUUGGGUGUUUCUUACACGCUAGGUGCUUUACAAUCUUAUCCAAUUUAAUCUUCGCAGUACCCUAUGAGGGGUGUUUCAUCAUCUCCACUAUAUAGAUGAGAAACUAAGGCUCAGAGAGGUUAAAUCAACUGUCCCGGAACACAUGGUGAGUCAGUUGAUGAAAUGAGAUACAAAGCUAGGUUUGUCUGACUCAAUGCCCAUAAUUUUCCUAUUAAACUAUGAUGCUUAUUUAAUUUUCUGAUCCUUCCAUAAAUAUUUAUUGAUAGAUAUGAGAGGCUCUGAUUUAGGAAGUAUGGGGGAUAAGAAGAGUGCAGGAUGGGUUCCAGUGGAGAUCAGAGGAGGGGAAGAUGUCUUACAGCUGUGGGACUCAGAGGAGACGACAUUCGAUUUGGACAGUGAAAGCUAGACAAGGCACAUUUCUCUCACAGUUUUACAAAGUUAAAUUUAUAAGCCAGCAUUGAAUAAUAUGAAGUCCAGCUCCCUUGCUAAGAAUAAAUAGAACUAUUAUAUUAAAGUAAUCCCUUUGUAGUCAUAAUGUGUUGUGUAAUAUUUAAUCUUAAAAGUGGAAUAUUUCUAAUCAAUUAUGUAUGUGUGUGUGUUCGUGUGUGUGUGUGUGUGUGUGUGUGUAUUUUCUUAAUGUCGAAGAAGUCAAGUUACAUAAUUUCCACUACAGAAAAAAAACUUUUUAGGUGGAUUUUUUUUUUUUUUUUGCUCUGAGAAGCAAAAUCAUUUCAGGGCUAUUAAAAAAUGUGUUGGAAUAACCUCUCUUGUUUUCAAUGAAUGGGAUGUCCAGGGUCUUUCAAAAUCACUUGGAAGUUUUGCUGGAUAGAAGCAUUAAAAAUGACUUCUGUGUACAGGAUUUAAAAAAAACAAUGUUACUAAUUGUGUCUGAAAUCGAGAAAAACAAACUGUGUUUUUCUUAUUUGUAAUCUAGUUUAUUCCUUUUAAAGGAGCAAACCAAGACCCAGGGACAUCAAAUGAUGCUUUUACAGCGAAGAGUUUUAAUUGAGGGUCAGAGGAAAGGGAUGAGCUAGGAAGAUUUGUCAGGAGAUUUAUUGUGGUGUUCAGGAGUCAUUGGCGAAUUGAUGGGAAUGAGAGCAGACAGUGCUAGUGGGAAAGAACUGGUGGGAGGAUGAAUGGAAAUUGGAGUCAGUGGAAGAAAAAUGGCUCAAAUGAGAAAAAGCAAAGACAAGUGAAAUUUCUGAAAGAAGAAGCAGGUGUACCCUUUUAGAAGGACAGUAUUGGGAGGAUUGCAAAGGAAGGUGUGACUAUAGGAACAGACAAGUAGGGUCAAGGUUAUGCUCCCCAGAGAAAUGGUCAUGCUACGUAUUCACUGCAGUAGGAAGGGCAGCUCGAUGUAAUGUGCUGACCAAGUAGGAGGGUAGACUGUGCGGUGGCUUAUUACCUGCUAGGAAGAAAAAAAGGAGGUCUCAUAGGAGAUGGGACUAAGAAUAAAGAGGAAAAGACUGCUGAAGCUACCUCUCAUUAAAACAAUAACAAUGGCACGAUAAUAAAGGGAAGAGGAAGAACAAAAAUAACAGCUUCGUUCUUUCCUUCCCUAAUCCAUUACUCCAAAAGUCUUUCCCAAUUUAGUUAAUGGAAACGUACUUCCAGUUGCUCAGGUUCCAAACCUCAGAGUCACUCUUACCUCUUCUCUUCCUUUCAAACAUCACAUAUACUCCAUCAGGAAAAUCUCUCCUGUCACCUCUCCAGUCAAAAUAUCUAUAGCCUAACUAUGUUUUACCUCCUCCACAGAACACACCUGGUUAGCGCUUAGUUAGUGAUCUCCAGACUGAACUUCAGAAGUCGCCUCCUAACUGGUCUCCCCUUCUGUCCUUCCCUCUCAGUCAGCCCCUACAACUGGCAUACCUACUCGCACCCAGUGGCCAGGGUGAUCAUAUAAAAAUAGACGUCAGAUCAUGCCGAUCCUGUGUUCACAGAAGCCUCCAGUGACUUGCCAUGUCACUCAGGGUGACAGCCGAUGCCCUUCAAGGACCCACACAUCCUGGUCCUCUGUCGGUCUCUGACCUCGUCUCCUACUGCCUUCUGCCUCCUUCUGCUCUAGACAUCUUGCUCUUUGGGUAUUCUGGGCAGGCUCCUCCUUUGGGGCACUUACUGUCUGCCUGGAACGCUCUUUUCCAGGUAUCCACGUGGCUCACUGCCGUACUUCCUUCAGGGAGCCCUUUCCGGACCACCCAACCCCAAAUUGCCAGACGACACCCUCAGGCCUCCCUUUCCUCCUUCUCUGCUUCAUAUCUCUCCAUGGACCUCAUUACUGGCCAAUAUACUACAUAAUUCACUUAUUUGUUUUAUUAUCUGCAUUCUCUCACUACCAUGUAAACUUCAGAAAGGUAAACAUCUGUGCCUGUUUUGUUUGGUGGUGUGCUAGAGCACCUGUGAUGGAGUCUGGCAGAUAGUUCAGUGGGUGAAGGGCAAGAAUAGCUAAUAACUGUUGAGGACUUACAUGUUCCCUGUGCUGUUCUCUAUGGGCUUUACAGGUAUUAGCUGAUUUAAUCUCCCUAACAGUUCUAUGAGGCAGACAUCAUUGUUAUCAUCCCUAGUGUACAGAUGAAGAAAACUAGAGGCAUAGAAAAAGCAUGACCUUAUUCUAAAGCAAGAAAGGCAAUUUCCCUCCUGGUUUGCUAGAGUAAGCUCCUAACAAACCACGCUGUAUAAACUCUGCAUGUAUUAGUGUGCUAGAGCAGCUGUCAAAAAGUACCACAAACUGGGUGGCUUAAACACCAGAAAUUUACUGUUCCACAGUUCUAGAAGCAGGAAGUACAAAAUCAAGGCGUCAGCAGGGUUGGUUCUUUCUGAGGGAUGUGAGGAAGAAUCUGUUGCAGGCCUCUCACCUAGUUUCUGGUGGUUUCCUGGCAAUCGUUGGCAUUCCUUGGUUUGUAGAAGCAUCCGUCCAACCUCUGCCUUCAUCUUCACAUGGUCUCUCCCUCUCUCUCCCAAUCUGUGAGAGUGUGCGUAUCCAAAUAUCCCCUUGUUACGGAUACCGAUCACACUGGAUUAGUGGUCUACCCUGCUCCAGUGGGACCUCAUCUUAAUUAUAUCCUGGAGAUUAGGACUUCAACAUAUGAAUUUUAGAGGACACAGUUCAAACUAUAACACUACAGAAAACAACUACCUGAAGACCACAGAGAGUGAAAAAAGCAGGCAGAUCUGAGGAGAGUGGAAAUUUGGAAGAUGGGACUUGAAUGGGCUGUUUCCCACAUGUGACUUAACAUGGGCCCCUGAAAUACAUGAAGAAUUUCUGGGGCUUACGGGUAAAGCUUUCUCACUCUUAAGAAAGAACAGGAAGAGAUGCUCUUUCUUCGUUUGGUGCUUGUUUUGUGUAGAUAGGUGAUCCAGACUAGUGGAACCAUCAUCCGACCAGCCUUAGAAUAAAACCAACAUAAAAGAUAGAGAAAAGAGAACUGAAGUUGUAGCUAUUAGAUAAGUUAACCUGAGUCUCCCCAACUUUUUGAUUUUCAGUUGUGUAUGAGUACAUGUUUUUUUGUGUUUAAGCCAAUUAGAGUUGGGUUAUCCAUUUCUUACAGCUGAAGCAUUGUAAUUGCUACACUGCCAAUACAUAAGUUCUAGUUUUAAAAAUAGUGUUUAGUUUUGUCAUAAUUUGUGGCAUUAAAGUGUAUUGUGAUUUCAUAUAUCAUUUAAAGAACUUAUGUUUUAUGUUUGCUUCUAAUGGGACAGUGCCCAAUGGUGGUUUCUCUACCAUUGGGUUUCAGAGGAUUGUUCUUCAAAGGAAGAUGGAAGCUCUUGAAUGAUGAUCUGUAAAUUAAAAUUUCAUGUCAGAAAAAAGUAGCUUAUAGCAGAUCUAUUAGAAUUCGGAACAUUUAUAUUUUUGUGAUUUCCAGUUAUUUUCAUUUGAGCAGUGAAUCCAAACUGGAAGAUACUGAAAACUCUCCAUUUUUCUUGGCAAUAAACAAGUACACUGAAAAGAAUUAUACCUUCGGGUA